AUGGCCCUGGUUCUAUGGGUCUUCAUCCUGCUGGGCUUAGCCUGCUCAGUGUCAGCCAACAUCUUUGAAUACCAGGUGGACGCCCAGCCGCUUCGUCUGUGUGAGCAGCAGAGGGAAAGGGCCUUUCUGGAGCGAGCAGACUACAUUCCCCAGUGCUCAGAAGAUGGCAGCUUCCAGACUGUCCAGUGCCAGAAUGAUGGCCGCUCCUGCUGGUGUGUGGGCGCUGACGGCAGGGAAGUGUUGGGCAGCAGGCAGCCUGGGCGGCCUGUGGCUUGUCUGUCAUUUUGUCAGCUGCAGAAGCAGCAGAUCUUGCUGAGCGGCUACAUCAACAGCACAGCCACUUCCUACCUCCCUCAGUGUCUGGAUUCAGGGGACUAUGCACCCAUUCAGUGUGACCUGCGGCGAGUGCAGUGCUGGUGUGUGGACGCAGAGGGGAUGGAGGUGUAUGGGACCCGCCAGCUGGGGAAGCCACUGCAAUGUCCCAGGAGCUGUGAGAUAAGAAACCGUCGUCUUCUCCAUGGGGUGGGAGACAAGUCGCCACCCCAGUGUUCUGCAGAUGGAGAGUUUAUGCCUGUCCAGUGCAAAUUUGUCAACACCACAGACAUGAUGAUUUUUGAUCUGAUCCACAGCUACAACAGGUUUCCAGAUGCAUUUGUGACUUUCAGUUCCUUCCGGAGCAAGUUCCCUGACGUGUCUGGGUAUUGUCACUGUGCUGACAGCCAAGGGCGGGAACUGGCUGAGACAGGUUUGGAGUUGUUACUGGAUGAAAUUUACGACACCAUUUUUGCUGGCCUGGACCUUGCUUCCACCUUCACUGAAACCACACUGUACCGGAUAUUACAGAGACGGUUCCUAGCAGUUCAAUUAGUCAUCUCCGGCAGAUUCCGAUGCCCCACAAAAUGUGAAGUAGAGCGGUUUACAGCAACCAACUUUGGUCACUCCUAUAUUCCGAGCUGCCACCGAAAUGGGGACUACCGAGCAGUGCAGUGUCAAACAGAAGGGCCGUGCUGGUGUGUGGAUGCCCAGGGGAAAGAGAUCCAUGGAACUCGGCGGCAAGGGGAGCUGCCGUCGUGUGCUGAAGACCAAUCCUGUGCCUCAGAAAGGCAGCAGGCCUUGUCCACACUCUACUUUGGAGCCUCACGCUACUUCAGCCAACAUGACCUGUUCUCCUAUCUUAACGAAAGACGGGCCUCUAGGAGAAUAGCCACAUUUGCCAUGUCCUGCCCACCCACGAUCAAGGAGCUCUUUGUUGACUCUGGGCUCCUGCACCCAGUGGUGGAAGGGCAGGACCAGCAGCUUCCUGCCACAGAAAGCCUCCUCAGAGAAGCCAUCCGAGCAAUUUUUCCCUCCCGAGAGCUGGCUCGUCUGGCCCUUCAGUUUACCACCAACCCAAAGAGACUCCAGCAAAACCUCUUUGGAGGGAAAUUUUUGGUGAAUGUUGGACAGUUUAACUUGUCUGGAGCCAUUGGCACAAGAGGCACAUUUAACUUUAGUCAUUAUUUCCAGCAACUUGGUCUCCCAGGCUUCCAAAAUAGAGGGAGACUAGAAGAUCCAGCCAAGGUGCUCUCUGUGGGAUUGGAUUCAAAUCCUACCACGGAAACUCCUGAAGCCUCUAAGAAGGAUGUUGCUAUGAAUAAGCCAAUUAUGAGCAGCUUUGGCUUUGAAAUCAACUUACAAGAGAACCAAAAUGCUCUACAAUUCCUUGCUUCUCUCUUGGAGCUUCCAGAAUUUCUUCUUUUCCUGCAGCAUGCUAUUUCCGUGCCAGAAGAUAUAGCAAGGGAUUUAGGUGAUGUGAUGGAAAUGGUUCUCAGUUCCCAGGCCUGUGAGCAGACACCUGGAAGGCUUUUUGUCCCAUCAUGCACAGUGGAAGGAAGUUAUGAGCAUGUCCAGUGCUUUGCUGGAGAGUGCUGGUGUGUGGAUUCCCAGGGCAAAGAACUUCCUGGCUCGAGAGUCAGAGGUGGACAACCGAGGUGCCCCACAGAGUGUGAAAAGCAAAGGUCUCGCAUGCAAAGCCUCAUGGGUAGCCAGCCUGCUGGGUCCAGCUGGUUUGUCCCUUCCUGUACUAGUGAGGGACGUUUCCUACCGGUCCAGUGCUUCAACUCAGAGUGCUACUGUGUUGACGCUGAGGGUCAGGCUAUUCCUGGAACUCAAAGCAAAAUUGGUGAACCCAAGCAAUGCCCCACACCUUGUCAGUUACAGGCUGAGCAAGCAUUUCUUGGAACAGUGCAGACUCUGCUCUUGAAUGGCAGCACAGCACCUGCCCUCUCCAGCAUCUACAUCCCCCAAUGCAGUGCCAAUGGGCAGUGGAGACGGGUGCAAUGUGAUGGGCCCCCCGAGCAGGUCUUCGAGUGGUACGAACGAUGGGGGGCUCAGAGCAAGGAUGGCCAGGAGCUGAGCCCUGCCGAUCUGCUAAUGAAGAUCAUGACCUACAGAGAAGCAGCUUCUGGAAACUUCCAUCUUUUUAUUCAAAGUCUAUAUGAGGCUGGCCAACAAGGCAUUUUCCCGGUGCUGGCUCAAUACCCUUCUCCCCAAGAUGUCCCACAGGCAGUGCUGGAAGGAAGCCUGACUCAGCCUGGAGGGAAUGUCCUCCUGGAGCCCUACCUCUUUUGGCAGAUCCUAAAUGGCCAGCUCAGCCGAUACCCAGGGCCCUACUCAGACUUCAGCACUCCUCUGGCACACUUUGACCGUCGGAGCUGCUGGUGUGUGGACGAGGCUGGGCAAGAGCUGGGAGGAACGCGGGCUGAGCCAAGCAAGGUCCCAGCAUGUCCUGGCUCCUGUGAGGAAGUGAAGCUUCGCACCCUACGGUUUAUUCAGGAAGCGGAAGCAGUGGCCUCGGUUUCCAGAGGGUCCCUGUUCCCACCAGCCCAGCGCUUCCUGCGAGGUGGCGAUGAUGCGGCCUGGGCAGCCUUGAACUUCUAUCAGAGACGCAGCUUUUCCCAGGGCGAUUUGGCUGACACAUCUGCCCUUUUGCGGUCGGGCCCCUACGUGCCUCAGUGUGAUGCCUUUGGAAGCUGGGAGCCUGUGCAGUGCCAUGCGGGGACUGGGCGCUGCUGGUGUGUGGAUGGGAAGGGAGAGCUCGUCCCUGCAUCACUGACUGCCCGCUCCCCACAGAUGCCCCAGUGCCCCACGACCUGUGAGAAAUAUCAAGCCAGUGGGCUGCUUUCCAGUUGGAAACAGGCUGGAUCCCAGGGAAACCCAUCCCCAAAAGACCUGUUCAUCCCAACCUGCCUAGAGACAGGCGAGUUUGCCCUGCUGCAGGCGUCGGGGGCCGGUGCCUGGUGCGUGGACGCGGUAUCAGGAGAAGCGACACUGCCUGGUACCAACCUCAGCGCCCAGUGCCCAAGCUUCUGCGAUGUGCUCAAGAGUGGAGUCCUCUCCAGGAGAGUGGGCCCAGGCUACACCCCGGACUGCAGGGCAGAGGAUGGGGGCUUUUCACCAGUGCAGUGCGACCCAGCCCAGAGCAGCUGCUGGUGUGUCACAGGCAGAGGAGAAGAGGUGCCUGGGACCCGUGUGGCCGAUAGCCAGCCUUCCUGUGAGAGCCCACAGUGCCCACUGCCCUUCGACAUGUUGGGUGUGGUUAACGGAGCGGUCCUGUGUGCAACAGCCUCUGGCCCAGGGGGGACUGCCAUCCAGCAGUGCCAGCUGCUGUGCCGCCAGGGCCAUCAGAGCGCGUUCCUUCCGGGGCCACUGGUGUGCAGCCUCGAGAGGAGACGCUGGGAGUCACAGCCGCCUCAGCCCCGUGCCUGCCAGCGGCCCCAGCCGUGGCAGACCAUCCAGGCCCAAGGGCACUUCCAGCUGCAGCUACCGCCGGGCAAGAUGUGCAGUUCCGACUAUGCGGGCCUGCUGUGGGCUUUCCAGGUCUUCAUAUUGGACGAGCUGACAGCCCGCGGCUUCUGCCAGAUCCAGGUGAAGAUUUUUGGGACCUCGGUUUCCAUUCCUGUCUGCAACAACUCCUCGGUGCAGGUGGGGUGCCUGACCACGGAGCGCUUAGGAGUGAAUGUCACAUGGAAAUCACGGCUGGAGGACAUCCCAGUGGCCUCUCUUCCUGAUUUGUAUGACAUUGAGAGGGCCUUUGUGGGCAAGGAUCUCCUGGGACGCUUCACAGAUCUCAUCCAAAGUGGCAUGUUCCAACUUCGUCUGGAUUCUAAGAUGUUCCCAGCAGAUACCUCCAUCAGCUUCCUCCAAGGGGACCACUUUGGCACCUUUCCCAGGACACGGUUUGGGUGCUUGGAAGGAUUUCACCGAGUCAUGACCAGCAGCAACGCCAGUCAGGACACACUGGGUUGCGUUAAGUGUCCUGAAGGAAGCUAUUCUCAGGAUGAGCAAUGUAUUCCCUGUCCUGUUGGAUUCUACCAAGAACAGGCAGGUAGCUCAGCCUGUGUCCCGUGUCCUGUGGGCAGAACAACCAUUUCCACUGGAGCUUUCAGCCGCACUCAUUGUGUCACUGACUGUCAGAGGAAUGAGGCGGGCCUGCAGUGUGACCAGGAUGGCCAGUACCGAGCCAGCCAGAGGGACAGGGGCAGUGGGAAGGGCUUCUGCCUGGACGGUGAAGGGCAGAGGCUGCCAUGGUCGGAGACAGAGGCCCCACUUGAGGACUCUCAGUGUCUGAUGAUGCAGAAAUUUGAGAAGGCACCAGAAUCGAAGGUGAUCUUCAAUGGCGAUGUUCCUGUGGUGGUCAGGUCCAAAGUUCCUGAUUCUGAAUCUCCACUGGUGCAGUGCUUGGCAGAUUGUGCUGAAGAUGAAGCUUGCGGCUUUCUCACGGUGUCCAUGACAGGGUCAGAGGUCUCCUGUGAUUUCUAUGCGUGGACAAGUGACAACAUCGCCUGCACAACUUUUGGUCAGGAACAAGAUGCAUUGGGAAACUUGGAGGCUGUCAGCUUUGGAAGUCUUCGGUGCCAGGUGAAAGUAAGGAACCGCAAUCAAGACUCUGUGGCUGUGUAUUUGAAGAAGGGUCAAGAAUUCAGUGCAAAAAGUCAGAAAAGCUUUGUACCAACUGGCUUCCAAAACGUGCUCUCCGGAUUGUACAGCCCCAUUGUGUUCUCAGCAUCAGGAGCUAAUCUGACCGAUGCUUACCUCUUCUGUCUUCUUGCAUGUGACCGUGAUUCCUGCUGCGAUGGCUUCAUCCUCACACAGGUCCAAGGAGGUCCCAUCAUCUGUGGGCUGCUGAGCUCCCCAGAUGUCCUGCUUUGCAAUGUCAAAGACUGGAUGGACUCCUCUGAAGCCCAAGCUAAUGCUACAUGUCCUGGUGUGACAUAUGAUCAAGGGAGCCACCAGGUGACCUUGCGUCUGGGAGGCCAGGAGUUCAUCAAGAAUCUGACACUGCUGGAAGGAACUCAAGACACCAUUACCAGUUUCCAGCAGGUUUAUCUCUGGAAAGAUUCUGACAUGGGGUCUCGACCUGAGUCUAUGGAAUGUAGAAGAGAUAUGGUACCAAGACCAGCAUCUCCGACAGAAACAGAUUUGACAACAGAACUUUUCUCUCCUGUGGACCUUAACCAGGUCAUUGUCAAUGGAAACCGAUCCCUGCCCAGCCGGCAGCACUGGCUUUUCAAAUACCUGUUUUCAGCCCAGCGGGCAAACCUGUGGUGCCUUUCUCGUUGUAUGCAGGAGCCCUCCUUCUGUCAGCUCGCAGAGAUAGCAGACAGUGUGCCCUUGUACUUCACCUGCACCCUCUACCCAGAGGCCCAGGUGUGUGACGACAUCCUGGAGUCCAGUGCCCAGGGUUGCAGGGUGAUUCUUCCCUACAAGCCAAAGGCCCUGUUCCGGAAAAAAGUUGUGCUGGAAGAUACAGUGAAGAGCUUUUAUACUCGCCUGCCAUUCCAAAAGCUGACUGGGAUUUCCAUUAGAAACAAAGUGCCCAUGUCUGAAAAAUCCAUUUCCAGUGGGUUCUUUGAAUGUGAAAGACUGUGUGAUGUGGACCCAUGCUGCACCGGCUUUGGAUUUCUAAAUGUUUCCCAGUUAAAAGGGGGAGAGGUGACAUGUCUAACUCUGAACAACUUGGGACUUCAGACAUGCACUGAGGAAAAUGAAGGUGCCUGGCGUAUUUUGGACUGUGGAUCCCCUGACACUGAAGUUCGCACCUACCCCUUUGGAUGGUAUCAGAAACCCAUUACUCAAUAUAACGCUCCCAGUUUUUGCCCUUUGGUUGUUCUGCCACCCCUCACAGAGAAAGUCUCUCUGGACUCAUGGCAGUCCCUGGCCCUCUCUUCAGUAGUUGUCGAUUCAUCUAUCAGGAAAUUUGAUGUUGCCCAUGUCAGCACUGCUGCCACUAGCAACUUCUCUGCUGCCCGAGACCUAUGCUUGUUGGAAUGUUCCCGUCACCAGGCCUGCAUCGUCACCACUCUGCAGACUCGACCUGGGGCUGUGAGGUGUGUGUUCUAUGCUGACACCCAGAGCUGCACACAUAGCCUGCAGGGCCAGAACUGCCAACUUCUGCUCCGUGAAGAGGCCACCCACAUCUACCGGAAGCCAGGCAUCCCUCUGCUUGGCUUUGAGGCAUCUGCACCCUCUGUGACCAUUGUCCCCCAUGGCCGGCUGCUGGGCAGAUCUCAAGCCAUACAGGUGGGCACUUUGUGGAGGCAAGUGGACCAGUUCCUUGGAGUUCCAUAUGCCACCCCACCCCUGGAAGAAAGCCGCUUCCAGGCACCAGGACCCUUGGACUGGACAGGCUCCUGGGAUGCCAGCAAGCCAAGGGCCAGCUGCUGGCAGCCGGGCACCCAAACACCCACACCUCCCGGGGUCAGCGAGGACUGCUUGUAUCUCAACGUGUUUGUCCCUCAGAAUGUGGCCCCCAAUGCGUCCGUGCUGGUGUUCUUCCACAAUGCCAUGGCGGGGGAGGGGAGUGAAGGGCGGCUGGCAAUCGAUGGCUCCCUCCUGGCGGCUGUUGGCAACCUCAUCGUGGUCACUGCCGGCUUCCGAGUGGGCGUCUUCGGCUUCCUGAGCUCCGGGUCCAGUGAAGUGAGUGGCAACUGGGGGCUCCUGGACCAGGUGGCAGCUCUGACCUGGGUGCAGAACCACAUCAGAGAGUUUGGUGGGGACCCUCGGCGCGUGUCCCUUUCAGCAGAUCGUGGCGGAGCUGACGUGGCCAGCAUCCAUCUUCUCACGACCAGGGCCACCAACUCCAGACUCUUCAGGAGGGCUGUGCUGAUGGGUGGCUCUGUGCUCUCUCCGUCUGCUGUCAUCAGCCCCAAGAGGGCUCAGCAGCAGGCGGCUGCUCUGGCAGAGGAAGUCAGCUGUCCCACCUCAUCCAGCCAAGAUAUGAUGUCCUGCCUCCGUCAGAAGCCCGCCAACGUCCUCAAUGACGCCCAGACAAAGCUUCUGGCGGUGAGUGGCCCUUUCCACUACUGGGGUCCUGUGGUCGAUGGCCAGCUCCUCCGUGAGGCUCCAGCCAGAGCACUGCAGAGAUCUCCACUGGUGAAGGUCGAUCUGCUCCUCGGGAGUUCUCAGGAUGAUGGGCUCAUCAACAGGGCAAAGGCCGUGAAGCAAUUUGAGGAAAGUCAAGGCCGGACCAGUAGCAAAACAGCCUUUUACCAGGCGCUGCAGAAUUCCCUGGGUGGCGAGGACUCAGAUGCAGGUGUCCUGGCUGCCGCCACGUGGUAUUACUCCCUGGAACACUCCACGGAUGACUACGCCUCCUUCUCCCGGGCUCUGGAGAAUGCCACCCGGGACUACUUUAUCACCUGCCCCGUGAUCGACAUGGCCAGUCUCUGGGCACGGCAGGCCCGAGGAAACGUCUUUCUAUACCAUGCCCCUGCAAGCUACGGCCACAGCAGCCUGGAAUCGCUGGCAGAUGUUCAGUAUGCCUUUGGGCUUCCCCUCCAGCCUGCCUACGAGGGGCAGUUUUCUCUGGAGGAGAAAAGCCUGUCACUGAAAAUCAUGCAGUACUUUUCCAACUUCAUCAGGUCGGGAAAUCCCAACUACCCUCAUGAGUUCUCACGGAAAGCGCCUGACUUUGCAGCCCCCUGGCCUGACUUUGUCCCCCGUGCCGGCGGAGAGACCUACAAGGAGUUCAGUGCCCUGCUCCCCAGUCGGCAGGGCCUGAAGAAAGCUGACUGCUCCUUCUGGUCCAAGUACAUCCAGUCUCUGAAGGCCUCGGCAGAUGGAGCCAAUGAUGGGCAGUCGGCAGGUAGUGAAGAGGAGGAACUGACAGCUGAAUCUGGGCUUGGAGAAGACCUCCUGGGCCUUCCAGGGCCAGGAUCCAAGAGCUAUAGCAAGUGACCAGCCCCUGAGACCCCCCAUCACCCCUGCUGACCCACCCCAAGCUGCCCACCAUGGUCUCCUUAUUCUCUAUAAUAGCCACUUACUUUCAAUAAAAUGUGUACAUGCAGUGAA